CCAAGCAGCGCUGCUGCCGCCGCUGCAGCCCGAGCAGGAGGAGGGAGAAGCCAGGAAGAAAAUGGCGGCCGUGGCUGCAGAGGCGGCAGCGACUGCAGCGUCCCCCGGGGAGGGGGGCGCCGGCGAGGCCGAGCCGGAGAUGGAGCCCAUCCCCGGCAGCGAGGCCGGCACUGACCCCCUCCCGGUCACGGCGACUGAAGCAUCCGUGCCGGACGGAGAGGCCGACGGGCAGCAGUCUUCUCCUCAGGCCGACGAGCCGCCGCUCCCGCCGCCACCGCCGCCGCCGGGGGAGCUCGCCCGCAGCCCGGAGGCGGCGGGGCCGGAGCUGGAGGCUGAGGAGAAGCUGCCCGCUCGGGUGGCGGAGCCGGCGGCAGCUGUGCCUCAGGGAGGGCCCGAGCUUCCACCUUCCCCUGCACCGCAGCCCGAGCAGCCCCCCGCUCCCGAGGAGCGCCAGGAACCGCCGCUGCCCCAGCCCGCAGCCCCGGCGCUCGUGCCGCCGGCGGGCGGGGACUCCGCGGUGUCGCAGCUGAUUCCCGGCUCGGAGGUGCGGGUCACGCUGGACCACAUCAUUGAGGACGCGCUCGUCGUGUCGUUCCGUCUAGGAGAGAAGCUCUUCUCCGGGGUCCUCAUGGAUCUGUCCAAAAGGUUUGGGCCCCAUGGGAUCCCUGUGACAGUAUUUCCCAAAAGAGAAUAUAAGGAUAAACCUGAAGCCAUGCAGCUCCAAAGUAAUACAUUCCAGGGAGGGACAGAAGUCAAGCGUGAAGUGAAUGGUGCUGUCCCCGAUGACCCUUCUCCUGUCUCACCUCCCGAACCGAGCUUGGCGGAAAGCCUGUGGACUUGCAAACCACCACCUCUCUUCCAUGAAGGAGCACCUUACCCUCCCCCUUUGUUUAUCAGGGACACCUAUAACCAGUCAAUACCUCAGCCACCUCCUCGGAAAAUUAAGCGACCCAAACGAAAAAUGUACAGGGAAGAACCUACUUCAAUAAUGAAUGCUAUUAAACUACGACCCAGGCAAGUCCUGUGUGACAAAUGUAAAAACAGUGUUGUUGCUGAAAAAAAGGAAAUUAGAAAAGGUAGUAGUGCAAGUGACUCUUCUAAAUACGAAGAUAAGAAACGGAAAAAUGAAAGUGUAACUACUGUGAACAAAAAACUGAAAACUGACCAUAAAGUGGAUGGGAAAAACCAAAAUGAAAGCCAGAGAAGAAAUGCUGUGGUUAAGGUUUCCAAUAUUGCUCACAGCAGAGGCAGAGUAGUCAAAGUUUCUGCUCAGGCAAACACAUCAAAAGCUCAGUUAAGUACUAAAAAAGUGCUCCAGAGUAAGAACAUGGAUCAUGCAAAAGCUCGGGAAGUGUUGAAAAUUGCCAAAGAAAAGGCACAAAAGAAGCAAAGUGAAACCUCUACAUCCAAAAAUGCACAUUCAAAAGUCCAUUUCACACGUCGAUAUCAGAGUCCCAGCUCAGGUUCCCUUCCACCCCGGGUUCGUUUAAAACCACAGAGGUACAGGAAUGAGGAGAAUGACUCUUCUUUGAAGACAGGACUUGAGAAAAUGCGGAGUGGCAAGAUGGCAUCCAAGCCCCAGUCUCGCUGCACCUCUACCCGCUCAGCAGCGUCUUCACCAGGAGUAGAUUCCAUCUCAAGAAACACUUAUCUUUGCUCAUCCAUAAGAAGCAACUCCUCAUCUGUUAAAGUUUUAUCACGAGAUUGCAGCAACUCAGUCCCAUCUUCAGGCUCCACUUCUAAUCCUAGUUCUCUUGCUAUUUCUGCCACAUCUGCAGUCACUUCCUCCACUGAAGUCUUGAACCUUCAAUUUGUAAAAAAAGCAGUAUCUGCGAAGCGUAGUAAAGUGAAGCACAAUAAAACGAGGUCUCAACAAAUGGCAGCUAUUACAUCAGACAGUGACGAGUCCUGCUGCUCCCUUACAGUGUCUGACAGACCACUGUGGAUUCAGACUGGGAGCAUUGAAGUUAACAGUGAAACGGGCAGCACAAAGACAUUAGCAGGCUGCUGGUUUCAUGGACCUGUACCACAACCACACAGAACAUCAGAGCAUCAGGACUGAAUGAAAUUGGAGAUUCAGAUUUUUUAAAGCUGCACUAAGAAGUAAAUGUUAAGGCAGUGGUUAAAACCGUCUAUAAAGGGGCACUUGCAAAGUGUGCUAUAUUAAACCGAAGACAAGGCAUUAGGGGAAUGUUUUAUAAAAAAUAAACUAUUGCAAUAAGUUAUGCAUGAGAGGAGGAGAAAAGUGAUAUGAAACACACAAGGAACUCACUUGAAUUUUAUGUAUGAAGAAUCACUGACCGUAACUUUUUUUUGAAUGUGAAGUUCUUCUUCGUACAGUGUGGACGGGCCUAAAAACGCAAGGGAUGAUGACAGAGAAGCUGAAUUAUUUUUUAAGCUAAAACUUUGUGCUUUCUCCAGGUUUUGUUAAUCAGUUCAGCUAUGAGCAAAGGCAUUUCUAAAAUGGAUCUCCUGUGAAACAGCAAUAGUCACAUACGCCGAGGUGAGGCCAAGGUUUCCUUCAGGUGCCGGUGGAAACAGCAGAAAAGAUGAUCUAACAUCCUACUAAAUGGAUGGCAAAGUGCCCCACUCCACCCCGCAGAGAGAUGUUGGACCUUUUCUUUCUUUAAUAAAGCAGGGCUGUAUUAUCUUGAAUAUACGUUUGCUUGUUAGAACAUAUUAAGAUGUAUUUAUUUGCCACCAGUAUUUAACAUUUUGUGCACAUUUUCAUACCGGCAUUCUUACCUUUUAAAUUCUGACUCAAAGUGGAUAGGCUAGUGUUGCUCUUAGAGUGAAACUGUGUACUCUAAGAGCUAGUUCUGAAUUCUCCUGAGGUGGAAAGGCUUUCCCCCUGACUUGUGAUGUGGACCUCAUGGAGAGCCCUUCCUUCUAAGUGCGAGAUAUUCAUUCUCCCAGGUGUCAGGUGGGACUUGACCCUGGGAACAAGCAGCAGGAACAGACCCAUAAUGAGCUUUCAUGAACGGAACAUGAAUUCUUACUAAUGGAGACCAUACUGUUGUUUUGGUCUUUGGAAAACACAUAUUAUGAAAAAGUUUUUCUUUUUAAUGAAUGGGGGAAACAUUCAUGAGAAAAAUCAGAUGGACCUAUUAGUACUACAUUUUUAAGGCAUUUUAUAUUUGAUGGUGCCGUACUUUUAAUAAUACUGAAGUUUUUUAGUGGCAAUACUGAUUUAUUUUUUAAACCAGAAAGAUAAUCCAUAUUGAUUACUUAAUACAAAAAAGGGGAAAAAAUGCCAAAAAAUAAAAUACAAAAUUCAUUUGAAGCAACAUAACUGAACAUUUGGCUCAAGUGUUAAAACUUUCCAUAAUCUUACUUGUAUAGGUUUGGAAUUACUUAACCCCACACUCAGGAUUAAGAAAAGGUUCUGGGUACAAGUUGGAAAACAUUUAAUAGAGCUGACUAGGGCUUGUUUUACAACUCAAGAAAAGGUGGACAGUCUUUUAAGGGGCUUAAUACAAAUUUUAAUUACACUGCAAGUAAGUUUGGAGCACAUUCUAAAGUCAUUUUGGAAAAUUCUUCACGAAGUCAUUAUACAUCCAAUCUGAAAAGCUCAGGAACUAGCAGCAGGGAGUUCUAAAGAUUACGUUUACUUCUGUGGCACCCUCUUCACGGCCCUAGGGCUUAGGCUUGGGUCCAUCUUGUUCAGAUAUUGAACACCAGCAGUACCUUUCAGGCUCACUUCAAGAAUCAGAGAACUCCAAGCCACGGUGGAUUGUAUAAUAAGGAUUUGUAAUUAAGCUUUAGAAUUCUUUGUGCAGAGUGAUGGAAAUAACCAAGAAAUAAUACAAAGGCAAAACCUGAUCUCUCCCAAUUCUUUUAAGUAUUUUUUCUCAUGAUAAAAUUCUCAAAGGCAUUUUUAAAUACAUGAAAUUUGGUGGUAUUUAAAAUCUAGACAUACCAUGUUGCUAUUUCACUUAUCAUUGCUUUAGUUGCUUAAUAUUUAAGCUUUGCUUCAUGCUACCUUUGUCUGUUUUUCAAAUCUUCACAAGCCUAUUUCAUUUUGUAGACUUGAAUGAUAAAAACCGUUUCUCAUCUAAAGUAUGCUAAAACUUCAAUGUUAAAGAAUGUUGUGUAACAUUUAUCCAAUAAAGUCUUGAUUUUUUAAAAUUUA